UUGAUUGCGGCACUGCGGAAAGGCAUUGUGCGUGAGGCAGCCCACUCGUUCUUGUCUCCACCAAUAACUGAUGCAAAGAAGGUAGCGACUCUACAACCGAUUGGCAUCAAUAACGCCUUCCUAUGGUUGGUGACGUGGGCUUGGUGUCAGAGGGGAUGUAAGCUAGGCUUGUCACAACUUUUUCUCUCUCGUUGUUCCUAUAUAAGUUUGCAGCAGCUGACUUGCCAUUGUAACUGCCCGUGUGUCACACUGCAAGCACCGAAUCCCUCCCUCUCCAGUGGGGCUUUUUCUUUCAACCACGAUGUCUUCUGUCAUACAUACGCUCACACUGGGAGUUGUUGUGGUUUUAAGUGUCCUCAGUUGUGGUUUGGGAGAAGAUCAAGUUGCCAGUGUAACGGGUGACAAAGAACAAUCGGACUUUUCUCAAAGGACACUAGACUCUGUACAUGUUUUGAAAAAGAGGGCCCCUGGUUGGGGCAAGCGGUCACUGGAGGAUGAGGUGAACAGUGACGACGAUAUGUCUUAUGACAGUGAAACCCCCGAGGACAUUUUAUCAGGUGCUGAUCUUUCCAAACGCGCGCCCGGUUGGGGCAAGCGUACCUUAGAUAUUCUAGAAGAUUACACCAAACGGGCACCCGGCUGGGGUAAGAGAGACUCUCUAGAUGUUAAACGUGCACCUGGUUGGGGAAAACGAGAUAUCGAUAUGGACAAACGUGCACCUGGAUGGGGCAAACGAGCACCUGGGUGGGGAAAGCGUGCACCUGGCUGGGGAAAGCGGGCACCUGGCUGGGGAAAGCGUGCACCCGGUUGGGGCAAAAGAGCACCUGGAUGGGGCAAACGAUCUGACACAUCAUGUGCUGGAAUCGACGAGGAGGUUGACUAUUACAUAUACAGAGCUGUCCAGGCUGAGGCAAGAAGAAUUCUAGAGUGCGGAAGCAAAUACAAUGGAAAUGAUGUCCUUCGGAAGUGAGGAGAGAGAUACCAUUGGGUCAAGUCGUUCAUGCAUACGUCUGAGGCUGGGAGAUCAAAGGUCAAGAUAUGAAAGGAGUUUGAGAUGGUGAUCGACUGUUUAAACUGGCUGCUGUGGUAUCCUGUCGGAUGUUCCCAAACACGUACCUGAUACUAUUCUUUUCAAAUCCAUACACAAGACUCUACAUAGCUGCUAAACCAAUAGAAAUCAGAAAGGAAUUACUUUGAAGAAGAUGUAAGAAACAAAUGGACUUUCCCAGUACCAACUGCUCAAGAUUAAGCUGCUAUUUCACUGUGUUCGUUGCACUGAUGUUCUGUGUUCUUAUUGUUGCAUCGCCCUGUUGAGAGGAGAGGAAAUAAACAGUUCGUACCUCGAA